CAACAUAACUAUAAGGAGGACUUGUGGAGAAAUGCAAGUACAGUAUACAUGCUAUGCUGGCUGAAGGUGGAAGCAUGGCAAGUACAUCACUAGGUGCUGCUAAUACAUCAGCAUCUCAGAAUCUUCGGAAAGUGUCUGGUUUUGUAGAAAAUAAAACCACACAGUGCUCAUUUUCCAUUGAAAGUAUUCUGGGAUUGGAGCAGAAAAAAGAUGGCAUUCCAGCCAUGAAACCUCACAGACCGUGGAUGGAUGCAUGCACCAGCUUGGUUUUAGGUGAUGACAGUAAUCCUCAUCUGCAAAUCCCUGUUGUUUGCUAUGAAAAUCCAUUAUUUCAUGCUGACAGUAAUCCAGUGCAAGAGGAAAAAGUUUUGAACUGUGAAAAAUAUUUUUCAGUCACUGAAAGGCUAUCUUUCAAACGUGAAUUGAGCUGGUACAGGGGUAGAAGACCAAGAACUGCAUUCACUAGAAACCAGAUUGAAGUCUUGGAAAAUGUUUUUAAAAUGAACUCCUACCCUGGCAUUGAUAUGAGAGAAGAGCUAGCUCGCAAAUUAGAUUUAGAUGAAGACAGGAUCCAGAUCUGGUUCCAGAACCGUCGUGCAAAGCUGAAAAGAUCACACCGAGAAUCUCAAUUUCUAAUGGUGAAAAAUACUUUCACCUCUAGCCUGCUAGAGUAGAAAGAAGGAUGGUUUGCUGUUAUGGUACUACAAUAGAACACAAGGAAUUAUUGGAAUUUUCAUAACCUGUACUAAGUAAUGUUGAUAUAUUAAUUAUGAUUUUAUCCCCACAUUUGAAAAAUUAUAAUAAUUUUCAUUAAAAUAAACUGUAAAUA